AAGCAUGCAAACUUAGUGAGAGGACUUUGGUAUAACAGUUGGUUCUGUGGCCGGCCCUACCAUUGGGCAGAAUAAAGCAACCACCUCAGCCAACGAUUAUGAUGAGUGGGGUGAAGUGUUGGUGGGCAAGGGCUAUGAGGAACUUAAAGAACGUUUUUCUCACUUGCCUUUAUAUUUUUAACUAUAUGCUCCUCGGAUUCGUUGGGCAAAGCUCCCACCUUUGACAUGAAGCAUUCUUGCUUCUCCUCUCCUUGAAACCUUGAACUUAGGAAGAGCCUGUGUACGUUACUGCUGUACAUUACUUUAAUAAGAGCAAACACGCUCAGUGGGAGAGGUGAGGCAAAGAGCAGCCACCAUUAUGGGCAACUAACUCAUUACCUCAGAAAAUUUGGAUAUGCCCAAUGUUACCUUUCUGUACGGCCCUGAACCUUUAAGUGCAGGCUGGUAGUGAGGUUUCCCUUAAACUUUCAAAAUGGGUUAUCAAUUUCCCCAGCACUGUAAGUUCCCCUCUUUUUUGGUUAAUAUCUUGAUUGUUAUAAAGGGCUCUACAUUUUAGUUCCUGAGCAUGACAACUUUUGAGAAAACUGCUGUAGAGCUGAAGUAAAUGUGAAAAUGUUGUUUCUGCUCCUGUCAGCGUGAAGCUCAAGCUUCAGGAGGCCACAUCUCAAAAGACAUUUCUGUGGAAAGAUUGUGCUAUAUGUUACUAAUUUCACGACACUUCUGUAAAUGAUAUCAUUUUUGUGAAAUCCAUAUUGAUGUACUGAUAUUCAUGUUAUUUACCUCUGUAUAAAACCUUUGCUGCGAGUCCCUCCGGAGACCUUUGCUAAUCAAACUUAAUAAAUAGUUACAUCUGUAUGCCAAGCCUUUCUGAGGUAAAAUGGUGCAGCUACACAUCACUAAAAUCCUGUUGCCCUAGAGUUUGCUAUUCAUAUGUGAAAGCACCCCCAUUUUGUUCUUAUUUUCAGUUAUUGAACAUGUGUCUACGGAAUCUUAAUUAAUGGAAAAGAUUAUGGCAACGUGUCCUUUCCUUAGAGCCAUGAAAUAUAAUUUCCAUUUCCCUCAAACAACCAGGUUUACAGGCAUGGCGACAGAAGCCCUCUUUCAACUUUUCCCACUAAUGUGGUCAAAGAAGACGUCUGGCCACAAGGAUAUGGACAGCUCACAACGCGUGGAAUGCGGCAGCAAUACUUGUUGGGUCAAUUCAUAAAGGACAGAUAUAAGGACUUCUUAAGUGAUGAAUACAAGCGAAAGGAAAUUUAUGUCCGAAGUACAGAUUAUGAUCGAACCAUUAUGAGUGCUCAAGCCAAUCUGGCCGGACUCUUUCCUCCUAAAGGAAACCAAAUCUGGAACACAGAGAUCGCUUGGCAACCAAUUCCAGUUCAUACUGUGCCACGUUCAGAGGAAAGGUUGUUGCAUUAUCCUGUUCGCGCUCCAUGUCCAAAGUUCGGUCAGCUUCUAAAGGAAACUUUUGGAUCCAAAACAGUCCAGGAAAAACUGAAAAGUCAAAUGCCAUUUCUAGGUAAAUUAGCAUCUAACCUGGGAUAUGAUAUGAAGGCUCUUCUGGAUUUUAACAGUCACAAACUCUGGAAUGCGUACGAUGCUUUACUUGUUCAGAAAAAACAUAAGCAGCCAUUACCAGCCUGGGCUACUGACAAAGUCAUGGACAAUUUGAAAGAUCUUUUGGCAUUUUCCUUAAAUGCAAUGUUUGGGAUACACAAAAGAGAAAAGAAAUCACGACUACAAGGAGGUCUCCUUGUGAAAGAUAUUUUGAAUAAGAUGACAGAGGCUACUAAGUCCACUGAUGGAAGAAAAAUGUUAAUGUAUUCAGCCCAUGAUACCACAAUAAUUGCUCUCCAAGUAGCACUCAAUGUUUUCGACGUAAAGCUACCUCCAUACGCCGCCUGCCUAUUUUUUGAGCUAUAUAAAGAAGACAGUGGUGAGUUCACCGUUGAGAUGCACUAUCGGACCAAAAAAAACCUUCCACCCCAAGCUCUUGUUUUGCCGGGCUGUGAAGCGGCUUGCCCCUUGCAGAAGUUUAAAGAACUGGUUUCUCCUGUCAUACCAGAGGACUGGCAAGCAGAAUGUAAUUGUUAAUGUAGGAUGGCAUCAUAAAUGAGAGGGUGAAAAGUAAAAUCAAAGAAAAGGCAAAUGAGAAAAUUAACAUCCCCAGGAAGGAAAGCGGACAGCAAAUAAGUUGUAGGACACCAGAAACACUGCGUGACUGUUGAUGCUUUCGUGUGAUUCUCAUUAUUAGGAUUUUCAUCUUCUCAGAAAUUAUUAUGAUCAAAUAAAUAUCAAGCAAACAGAUU